AUGGUUCACAGUUUAAGAAACCGUCAAAUUGACGAAAAUAAUGCCAUCGAUGAGAACUCUCAAGAGAUCAAAGAUGAGAAUGGAAUUGUACACACGUCACACAGAUCGCUGAGGAAGAUAAAUUAUGCGGAGUUGGAUGAAGAGGUAGAUGAAGUACCAGAUGAACCGGAAGAAGAACAACCCGUCGAUACAUUGAUACCAACUAAUACUAGUGAGGCUACUCCACCGGACGAAAAACCCAUUGUCUCAAUGGACCAAGAAGAUGAAGAUGUGGCAUAUUCAAGGAGGAAAAGAGGCCAUCAUGAUCCAGAGGAAGACGAUGAGAGUUUUCAUGAAGAAGAUGCAGAUGACGCAGAUGUUGAUUUGGAUGACGAUGACGAUGAUGAUUACGACGAAAUGGACAAUCAAGGGAAAGCUCAUAAACGACAACGUCAAUUGAAUGAUAGGAAUUUUAUAGUACCUGAUCCGAAUGAUUUUGAAGAGGCUGAUGACGAUGAAGACGAGAACGUCUACUAUAACUCGAGACGAAAUACGAGACGUAAUAGAAGCAGAAGAACUGCAAGAAGCCGUGGACAUGAAUCAACAACCCCACCACCUGUCCAAAGAAAUUUGAGACGAAGAACACGUUCCGGUCAUUACCUAGAGGACGGGGAUCAGCAUACAGACGGAACAACCACUGAACCAACAACAUUAGCUGAUGAAAUUAGAGAGCUACAACAAGAUAGUCCAAUCCAAGAGAAACGAUCGCUAAGAGAAAGAAGGAAACCAGUUAAUUAUAAGAUCCCACCGCCAUUAUCCGCGUCUAACAUGGAUGGUUACCUGAAUAGACAAGAGACAAUGUCAUUCUCGAACCCUUCUCCCUAUCGUCGUACAGGUCGUAAUGGAGGUUUAUACAACUCAGCCCAGAAUAUGGGACCUACGAGGAGAUUAUUCCCCACCGGCGGGCCCUUUGGUGGUAACGAUGUAACCACAAUCUUUGGAAAAAACACAAACUUCUAUAAUCAAGAUGUGGCUACUCAGAAUACAAAUAAUAAAUUACUUCUUGAUUCCGAUUCAUCAGAUGAUGAAAUUCUUCCCAUGGGGGCCACACCAAAGGAAAAAACCGAGGCUAGUCUUCAGAAGAAGAAAAAGAAGAAGCAAGAAAUAGCUGAUUUAGAUCCUUUAGGAGUCGACAUGAAUAUAAAUUUUGAUGAUGUCGGUGGUCUCGACAAUUAUAUAGACCAGUUGAAGGAAAUGGUAGCAUUGCCCUUGCUAUAUCCUGAAUUAUAUCAAAACUUUGAUAUUACUCCUCCCAGAGGUGUAUUGUUUCAUGGUCCACCAGGUACUGGUAAGACAUUAAUGGCCCGUGCAUUGGCAGCAAGUUGUUCAUCAGAUACAAGAAAAAUCACGUUCUUUAUGAGGAAGGGUGCGGAUAUUCUAUCAAAAUGGGUCGGUGAGGCUGAAAGGCAACUGCGUUUAUUAUUUGAAGAGGCAAAGAAGCAUCAACCUUCUAUUAUAUUUUUCGAUGAAAUUGAUGGGUUAGCUCCAGUGAGAAGCUCAAAGCAAGAACAGAUUCAUGCAUCUAUUGUUUCCACAUUAUUAGCCCUUAUGGAUGGUAUGGAUAAUAGAGGUCAAGUUAUUGUCAUUGGUGCUACAAAUAGACCUGAUGCGGUAGAUCCUGCUUUGAGAAGACCUGGUAGAUUUGAUAGGGAAUUUUAUUUUCCUCUACCUGAUUUAAAAGCUCGUGCCAAGAUUUUACAAAUUCAUACUAAGAAAUGGAAUCCUCCUCUAGAUCCUGAGUUUAUUGAAAAUUUGGCAAAGUUAACUAAGGGUUAUGGUGGUGCAGAUUUGAGAGCUUUGUGUACCGAGGCAGCUCUAUUUAGUAUUCAAAGGAAGUUUCCACAAAUAUAUAGAAGCUCUGAAAAAUUGCAAGUGGAUCCUAAGUUAGUGAGAGUUCAUACAACUGAUUUCAUGCUGGCAUUAGAGAAGAUUGUCCCCUCAUCAGCGAGAUCAUCAGGGAAUUCUCCCGAACCGUUACCUGACUCAGUUGAUUCAUUGCUACGUGAACAAUUUGAUCAGAUAAAGAAAUUGCUAGAGACAAUUUUGCCUAAUGAGCAUAAGAACUUUAAAAGGGAUGCAUCAUUAAUUCAACAAUAUAUUGACUAUGAGGAUUAUGAUUCAGAUGAAGCUGAAGAAGGCACAAUUGCUUCUGGGUUUAAGAAACACCAAUUACUCAAGCAGCUCACUGAGUCACGUAUAUGUAAACCACGGUUACUUAUAACAGGCCCGAUUGGAAACGGUCAGCAGUAUAUUGGUGCAGCCAUUUUACAUUAUCUAGAGGAAUACAAUGUUCAGCGUCUUGACCUAGCGUCAUUAGUAUCAGAGAAUUUGAAGUCAAUGGAAGCCACCGUAGUUCAAAGUUUCAUUGAAGCUAGAAAAAGACAACCGUCAAUUAUAUUUAUUCCAAACAUUGAUAUAUGGCAAAGAACAGUUCCAGAAAGUGUUAUCUUAACCUUAUCAAGUCUUUUAAGGUCAUUACAGAGCAAAGAACGCGUCCUUCUGCUAGCUGUUGGUGAGGCAUUAACUCCUGAGGUGAUUCAAACAGAACCAUUCUCUCAUCUCUCGUUUGAGAGCAACAUUUAUGAUCUUAGAACUCCUUCUAAAACCGAAAGAGCACGAUAUUUCGAGCCCAUCAGAACAUUGUUAAAAACCAAACCCACGUCCUUCAAUACAAGGAGAAAGAGAAAACAGCCCCUUCCUAAAUUACCUCCAGUGGAGAUUAAUACAUUACCGAUUAAUCUUGAUGAAAAUGGGAACCCGUUAUCUGAAGAAGAAAUUCUCCGCAAAAGAUUAAAGUCAUUCCAGCAUCAGGAUAUGAAAUUAAAGAACGUCUUGAAGAUUAAACUUUCAGGUCUUAUGGAUUUGUUUAAGAAUAGAUACAAACGUUUUAGGAAACCUCCAAUCGAUGAUUCAUUUUUGAUUCAUCUUUUUGAACCUCAACCUGUCGAUGAUCCCAAUUGGCAACCCGCUUAUGUGAAAGAUAAUGACAUGAUCUUAGAGGUUGCCACAGGACGUAGAUUUUUUAAUAUGGAUUUAGAUAUUGUCGAGGAAAGAUUGUGGAAUGGUUAUUAUUCAGAACCCAAACAGUACCUGAAGGAUAUAGAGUUAAUAUACCGUGAUGCAAAUACAACUGGUGAUCGAGAAAGGAUAAUUAAAGCAUCUGAGAUGUUUGCCAAUGCUCAAAUGGGCAUAGAGGAUAUAUCUGUACCAAAUUUUGUUGCCGAAUGUAAAGCAACUCAUUUGAGAGAUCUUGAACGUAAGGAAUUAUUUUUAAAAGAUGAAGCAAAGAGGGCUGAAAGAGAAGAAUUUACAGCGACACAACAGGAUGUACCUUUAGAAAUGGAUUCAGUUAAUGCCAAUUUAAAAGAAAAUGUGGAUUCAGUAGGUGUUGGAUCAGGCAAUCAAUUACAAUUGGAAGCUACAUUGAAUCGACCAUUUGCCAGUAACACAAGCCAGGACACGAACACCAUAAAUAUGACUCAACCGAGCCUCGUGAAUGUUGUUAACAAUGACGCACCCAUUGAAGACAAUAUUGAAGGGAACCACAGUGGAUUGAAACCGAAUUCUAUUGAUGUCCAAGGGGAUAAGAUUCAUUCUGAAAAUGAAACAAAGUCUUCAAUUGAGGACAAUACAAAUGCAAUUUCAAUAAAUUCAAUUACCAAAACAGCAGAAACAAAGACAGCACUUACUGAUGAGAAAACCGAGGUUAUUGGGGAAGAGAUGGUAAGUAAUAUUGAGCAUACUCAACAUGAAGAAAGUAAAGAAGUGGUUGUGGAAGAUGCAUCUAUAACUUUAAUCGUGAACACAUUGGCAGAAAAUACUCAAAAUCGAACUGUGUCGUAUUUGGAAAGAGUAUAUGCAGAGGUCGUGAGGAUAAUAUGGGAGGAUCGCCAGGCUUGGGAUAAGAAAGAUACAAUUAGUAAGUUACUGACUUACCUUGAAAGCAAGUAG